GGCACUGAAUCAAUAUCAAAGUAGGGCACCAUUCUUUUUCUUUUUUCGUUGGUCAAAUCACCAUGACCCCAACUGCCAAAUCAAUUUGUUAUCCUAAAAAACUUACCCCAAAUCUCUAUGGCCGUUAAAGCUCCCUUCUUUUUCUUAUCUUCUUCAUCCAUGGAGGCUCUCAAAUCCACGGCUAUUCCCAUUUUCAGGCCCUACCCAGUUUCAAUCCCGACUAAAUCUAUCAAACCCACCAAGGUUUCCAUUAGGCCGCCUCCAUCGGACUUCGAUUUCCGAGUUGAACUUUCUCGGGAUUCCAGAGCCGCCAUUGCUGAAGCUCACCCCGAGUUGCUUGAUUUGGUUGACGAUGGCACGUUGGUUUUGGUCGAGAAGAGGAGAUUCGGCCCUGUCCCUGCUUGGAGAGCCGAAUUUGUGGAGCCGGAAGCGAUAUGGUUGGUCGCAACUUCGCAUAUUUCGCCCAAAUCGGUUAAGGAUGUCGAGCGAGUGGUUCGAGCAGUGAAGCCCGAUAAUGUGGUCGUCGAACUUUGCCGGAGCAGAGCUGGAAUCAUGUAUACGUUAGAAACUGGUGAGCCACACCAAAAACUAAAGUCCAACAUGUUCUCCUUGAGUGGAGAUGGUUUCUUGGGUGCUGUUGGUCGCAGCAUAAACCUAGGAGGCCAGACAGCUCUUGCUUUGCGCCUGCUUUUAGCUGCUUUUUCCUCCAAAAUUUCUUCAGAUGUCAACCGUCCUUUUGGCAGUGAGUUUCGGGCUGCUCGUAAAGCAUCUGAAGAAGUUGGUGCUCAAAUAGUUUUAGGGGAUCGGCCAAUUGAAAUAACUCUAGAAAGGGCAUGGAACGCUUUGACAUGGAACGAGAAGUUGAGCUUAGUAAGCUCAGUUAUCCGUGGAAUAACUUCACAAUCUAAUGUUUCUCAGAGCAAUGAUGAGGAAGCAGGUAGAGAUGGGAGUUCCUUGCAGCUGUAUGAGCAGCUCAGUUUUUCAUAUCCAUCUCUUCUUCAACCUCUUAUUCAUGAACGAGACACUUACAUUGCAUGGUCUCUAAAGCGAAGCAAGGCGGUGAACAAGAGUAAAAGGGUGGUGGGGGUGAUUGGAAGAGGCCAUAUGAACGGCGUCAUCUAUGCCAUCAUAUCAGAUCAAGGAAACUUGCGAUUUCGAGACGUUGCAGGUAAGAGAGCUGGGGAAACCUCCAAUGGCUUUGUUAGCAGUCUGUUGCAGAGCUUGGUUAGAGACACUAUCAUUGGUGUUCUCUUCUGGGUUUUAUAUGAACAAUUGAAACAACUACAUUUAGUGCCUUAGCUGAUCAUCUUUCCAAACCAUACCUUUGUAGAAAAUCAAUCCAAAAGUAUACCAUUCAAAACUUACAUGUAAAGAGAUGAUUUGAUCCUUAUGUGUAUUAGUCCAUUUUUCAAUAUAUCAUUUGAAAAUUGAUCUAAA